UGUCUCACUAGGUGUAUUGGCUGUUUCACCAGGUGUAUUGCCUGUCUCACCAGGUGUAUUGCCUGUCUCACCAGGUGUAUUGCCUGUCUCACCAGGUGUAUUGCCUGUCUCACCAGGUGUAUUGGCUGCCUCACCAGGUGUAUUGGCUGUCUCACCAGGUGUAUUGGCUGUCUCACCUGGUUAUUGCCUGUCUCACCAGGUGUAUUGCCUGUCUCACCAGGUGUAUUGCCUGUUUCACCAGGUGUAUUGGCUGCCUCACCAGGUGUAUUGCCUGUCUCACCAGGUGUAUUGCCUGUCUCACCAGGUGUAUUGCCUGUCUCACCAGGUGUAUUGCCUGUCUCACCAGGUGUAUUGCCUGUCUCACCAGGUGUAUUGGCUGUGUCACCAGGUUAUUGGCUGUCUCACCAGGUGUAUUGCCUGUCUCACCAGGUGUAUUGGCUGUCUCACCAGGUUAUUGGAUGUCUCACCAGACGACACCAACUAUCACGGGCUCCGCUACUGUUGUUACUACUGCUGUUACUACUGCUAUUACUACUGCCACUAUCAUGAAGACUACCUUGGCCUCGCUACUGCUGUGUGUACUUAUCGCAGUCACAGCCUCUCCGGUCUCCAAGGAUGCUACAGUCAUCUCCCAGGUCUCCGCAGAUGAUCCAGCCUCCAGUGAGAUCUUCAAAGAUGCUAUGGUCAUCUCCAGAGAAGCCCCAGAUUCCAGUCAGGUCUUCAGGGAUGCUGCAGCCAUCUCCGAGGUCACCGGAGGUAUCCCAGAGCAGUUCAACUUCCCCGAUGAUGCUGUGGCAUUCCUCGCGAGUGGUGCCACAUCAUCCAACCAGGAUUCCCAGGGUGACUCGACACGGAAAGGACGUUUCUUCAUUCCCAUCUUAAUCAAUACAACAGCCCUGAGCAUCCUCACAGGGGUGAACAACAACCCUUGGCGCAAGCCGUUCAUCCCAUUUAUCUGUCCAGGUCUUAUAUGUAAUUCUACAGUGUGGCCCUGGCCAGUGCUAAGGAAGUAAGGGGUGAUGAGGUGACCCUGAGGUAAUCUGAAUCUGCUUCCUUCACUGUCACAUCUUUCUUGUUGUUUCACUCUUUUACAGCCGUUGUUGAUAAAUUAGACACAUGUGCAACACUUGGGAAUCUUUAGUGAGGAAACGUUUCGCCACAUAGUGGCUUCAUCAGUCUUAUACGAAGAAGAAUGCUGGAAAUCAGAAGGAAUUUGGGGUAAUCACUCCCUCAGCCUGGAGUCAAUGCGAUCAGUCCAUCAAUCUUUUCAAGAUUGAUCUUUUCAGGACUGAUGGACUGAUUACAUCGACUUCAGGCUGAGAGGUUGAUUACUUCGAACUCUUUCUGUGUGGAGAAACGUUUCCUCAGUAAUAAUAUCUAAGUGUUGUACAUAUGUCUGAUUUAUCAAGUUGUUGGUUCUCUACACAGCCUUUGUUGAAUAUCACUGUUAUUUAUAUGUUACCGUUGGAUUACUGUUGAGCGAGAGAGUCAACUGUGUCGAAGUUACUGUUAGACACAGUUGACUGUUAGAGAUGUCACUGCUGAUACAUGUUUGUGUGAGAUGGUUGGCUCACUGUUGCUGUGGCAGGCAGUGAGUCACCGUUGCUGUGGCAGGCAGUGAGUCACCGUUGCUGUGGCAGGCAGUGAGUCACUGUUGCUGUGGCAGGUAGUGAGUCACCGUUGCUGUGGCAGGCAGUAAGUCACUGUUGCUGUGGCA